UUUUUUUUUAACCAUUCUAUUUAUCCACGCUUUAACCCCUUCCUUUCCUUUUUCUUAUUUUUUGAUUCUUUAUUGUUCAUCGAUUUAUGUUAUGUAUCCAACGCAGCAACUUGCAUAUUCACUGAAUAUUCAACAAUCAUGUCGUCAAUAUCAUUCUGCAGCAAUAUCAAACGACAAUGAUUUAUUCUUUAUUGGGAAUCAAAAAUUAACUUAUUUUUCUACCCCUUCUAUGCAUCAUCGUCAACAUACAACAACAACAACAUCCGUGCAGCUAUUACCAAAAAAACAUAUUUCAACUUUGUUACCAACAACUGGACACACUACACAUUGGAUCGACAAUGCACUAAUCUCUAUUUUUGGAAAACCUAACCAACCAUCUAUUACCAUCAUUGAUACUAUUCAUCAUCAUACAUCCUCCUUAUCAGUACAUUCAUCUUCAUCACCUUCAAAACGUUAUGCUCAUACUUCUACUUUAGUCCGCUCCAAAACUAAUAAUUCUACUCAGCUCUUCCUCAUUGGCGGUGCCUCUAUUAUCGAAAAUCAAACAGUACAAGCUGAUAUAUGGAAACUAGAUUGGGAUACAAAAUAUUGGUAUAAAGUCGUUGUGCAUAUGAAUGCUUAUCAUCUGGGUCUAAUGGGUCAUUCUACUAUCUCCUUUCGUCAUCAUCAGCAGCCGGAUAAUCUUUUGACCUGUUUUGGAGCCGAUCCUCAUCGACAUAUCUUUUACAAUCACUGUACAACCUUUGAUACUGAACGUCUCUCUUGGAAAAAAAUCGAUUUUCCAUCAUCAUCAUCAUCACAAGUAUCAUUGAUUCCUCGCAUUUUUACUUCCAUGGUAUCGACAAACGACACUCAUGCUAUUCUAUACGGUGGUCUUUCUGAAACAUCAACUCUCCUAAAUGAUAUUUGGUGGAUUCAUAUCAAUUUUUCUUCUUCUUCUUCCGACACGACUAUCACUUUUACUCCAUUGACAUCUUGGUUACCUCGUGCUGGUCAUGUUGCUUUGAUGAUUUCAGAUUCCCUCAUGUUGGUGGAUGGUGGUCUUUUGGACUCAACUGAAAACGACACUAUGAUAUUGGACCUAACAACACUGAAGGACCAGACUGUUUCGACAUCUUUACACAACUACUACAGCAAGCGACAAUUAGAAGAUCCAUCAUCAAUAGAGAACCAAAUUCAAAAGACAAAUACAAACAACAGUUCUACUGAUAGUGGUGGACUUGGUGGAGGUGCUAUUGCUGGUAUUAUUGUUGCAGUUAUCUUUACGUUCGCUAUCAGUAUUACACUUUUUAUUGUUUAUCAACGACGACAACGACGACAACGUAGCUAUGAUUUACAUUCUCGAGCCGCACGAUUCAGCUUAUCUACACCACCACGACCUAGUGAAAGUAAUACCGAAGGACAACAACAACAACAACGACGAAGUAUCAUCCUAAAACAACCUGAAGCAGCCAAAACACGCCUAAGUCACAUGUCAUUUGGAUCCGAGUUCAAUGUCGCCCUUAGUCCUAACGGUUCAAGAUCAUCAGUAUCAUUACCAUCAAGAUCAAAAACAACAUCAGCUUCGCCAACAAUCAAUAAUCACACAGAUUUAUUACUCGAUAGUCCUAGCCGUCAAUUAUAUACGAAUUGGAUUUGUGAAACACCCAUACCGUCUGCUGGUCUUGCUGCCUUCAACUCGGAAAUGAUCAACAACAAUAACAACAAAACCUCUGUGGAUCCUCGACAUACAUCUAUGUACAUUAACCAAUCAAUAUCACCCAAUGGAUUAGAUCAUGAUGAUGACGAAGAGGAUGAUAAUGAUAGUGGGAAAAAACGUUCAAGCAGAGCAUUGAAACGACUACGACAUAGUAUAUUCAAACCUUUGGAAACGAUGUCAUCCAUCACAGAUAAACACAACGAGGUAUCAUCAUCCACUUAUUCUUUGCCACAUCUUAUAUCGACAUCUCGUACACAAUCCGCCACUAUACCUGGGAUGUCAACUACUCUGGAUGAUCGCACUACUACCACUCCUAUUACCAAUACCAAACGUCGAUCAAGUAUGUUCGGAUUAUCAAGAUUCUUGAAUUUAGGUGAUUCCAAUGGAGAUGAUCAUUCAUCUAAAUUGGAUGCGACAAAUUCUGAUCCAUCGGAGCAACAACAACAACUAUACCAACACAAUCAUCUAUUACCUGACGCAAGAACUUCAUUGGGAUCUAAAUCAGUAGCAUCACUUCAAUGGGUGGAAUUUAAUAACGAUAUGGACUUUUCAGCAAAUGUAUCAUCACGACAUUUGGCAGUCAUGAAUCCUCGACAAAGUACAACAACAAUCUCCAGCAUUAGUGGAUUUGGUACAGGUGGUAGUAUAGAUGAUUCGAGUACUAUCAGUAGAAUAACAACAGGAACAAGUCCAAGAAAUACAAUAAUGAAUCGACAACAACAUCCAAAUGCUCCUUAUAGACUCAGUCAACGUGAAAUGCAAAGUUGGAAUGAUGCUCGAUUAUCAUGGUUAGCAACGUCUCCUCCUUUAUCAUCGGCUCCUUUGACUAAGCAAUGAUUACUUAUCAUUAGUUAUCCUAAUCAUAUAUAGAAUAGAAUAGAUUUACUUAUAUACAUAUAUAUAUAUA